AUGUCGACGGUGAGAAAGAUCACUCUGAAAAGCUCCGAUGGCGAGACUUUCGAAGUUGACGAGGUGGUGGCUCUCGAGUCGCAGACCAUUAAGCACAUGAUUGAAGACGACUGUGCUGAUGAUGGUAUCCCUCUUCCGAACGUCACCAGUAAGAUCCUCUCCAAAGUAAUUGAGUACUGCAAAAAGCAUACCGACGCUGCUGCUAAAUCCGAAACCACCGACGCCGCUUCUGCUACUACCGUCGCUUCCGCCUCUAGUGACGAUGAUCUCAAGAAUUGGGAUUCUGAGUUUAUCAAAGUCGAUCAGAGCACCCUCUUCGAUCUUAUCCUGGCUGCUAACUACUUGAAUAUCAAGGGAUUGUUGGACUUGACCUGCCAGACCGUUGCCGAUAUGAUUAAAGGAAAAACCCCGGAAGAAAUCCGCAAGACUUUCAAUAUCAAGAACGACUUCACGCCUGAGGAAGAAGAAGAGGUUCGCCGUGAGAAUCAAUGGGCCUUUGAAUGA